AAAAAGGGGGCUUUCUUCUUCAGUGUACCAAAAUCCACAGUUUCUCAGAGGCUUUCAGAGAAAAGGUAAGGGAAAAUCGGGCAAUUUUACGGACACCCAAGUCAAUAAUCCGUUCGUUCUUCGAGAAAUGGCUGCAAGAAACGUUCUUCAACAACAGAACAGAGGUGAGGCAGUUCCUGGAGCCUUAAAGCAGAAGAAUAUGGCAGGAGCACAAGGAAGAAACCGCAAGGCGCUUGGUGAUAUUGGGAAUAUGGUAACUGUGCGUGGUGGGGUCGAGAGGGGAAAGGCAAAGGCGCUUCCUCAGGUGUCUCGGCCCAUAACGAGGAGCUUUUGUGCACAAUUACUUGCUAAUGCACAAGCAGCAGCUGAGAACCAGAAGAAAUCAAUGGUUGUUAAUGCGGAUGGACCGAUCGUUGCUAAUGGAGCUUUACCUGUUAAAGUUGCAAGAAAACCAGCUCAGAAGAAAGCAGCUACUACUGUAAAAACAAAGCCUGAGGUGAUUGAAAUUAGUCCUGAUACUGUUGAACAAGUGAAGGAAAACAAGCAAAAGAAGAAGGCUUGUGUUGACUCUUCAAUGAAGAAAUCAACAACUCUUACUUCAACUCUCACUGCUAGGAGUAAGGCUGCCUGUGGUCUAAGUCAUAAACCAAAGGUCCAGAUAGUGGACAUUGAUGCUACAGAUGUGAAUAAUGAGUUGGCAGUGCUGGAAUAUGUUGAGGAUAUCUACACUUUUUACAAGAUAGCUGAGAGUGAGAGCAGAAUUCAUGACUAUAUGGAUUCACAGCCUGAGGUUAGUGAAAAGAUGAGAGCUAUUCUGAUUGACUGGUUGAUUGAAGUGCAUCACAAAUUUGAGCUAAAUCAAGAGACUCUUUACCUUACCAUCAAUAUCGUUGAUCGUUACCUUGCUGCGGCGACUACAUCAAGAAGGGAACUGCAGUUAGUUGGCAUUAGUGCCAUGCUCAUUGCCUCCAAAUAUGAAGAAAUUUGGGCACCUGAGGUGAAUGACUUUGUGUGCAUCUCAGACAGAGCUUACAGUCAUGAACAGAUUCUGUCAAUGGAAAAAAGGAUUCUUGGACAAUUGGAGUGGUACUUAACGGUGCCAACGCCUUAUGUAUUCCUUGUUCGAUUUAUCAAAGCUGCUGUUUCUGAUGUACAAGCGAACGUCGCUGUCUUGAAUUCUUGCAAUGUUACCUCAAUGGAAAACAUGGUUUAUUUCCUGGCUGAAUUAGGGGUGAUGAACUAUGCUACAAAUAGCUACUGCUCGUCGAUGAUUGCUGCCUCAGCGGUCUAUGUUGCUCGACACACACUGCAAUGCAAUCCUUUUUGGAACGAGACGCUGAAACUGCAUACUGGUUUCUCAGAGUCUCAGCUACUAGGUUGUGCUAAGCUGCUGGUUAACUAUCACAAGGAGGCACCAGAACACAAGCUGAAGGUGAUUUACAGGAAGUAUUCGAGUCCUUCUCGAGGUGCUGUUGCUUUGAAUUCUCCAGCCAUUUCCCUGUUGGCCAGUCAUGAAUAAAGGACGCUUAGUUCUAGUUUUUAUUUGUUUUCAAACAAAGCAUUUAGAUUUGUAUCUGCUGACCAGAUGGAAUAAUUUCAAUUCCAUAAAACUUAAUUUGAAAGCAUUUUAGUUGAUCAACUUAGAGCAAUGUGAAAGUUUAUUUUUAUCUCAUCAAUUUAGGGGAGAUGCAUACUACUUCUCCACCAACUUAUCUUG